AAGAAAUUCGCUGUGAAAAAAAGGAUCAUUAGUCUGAAAGAUGGCAGAAUUAAAAAACAAGAAAGAGAGAUUAAAAGAAAGAAGCCAGAUCCCCAGAACAUGGUCGUCCGAGAGAUCCCGCAAGCAUCAUCAGCACUAUUCUUCAAGUACAACGAGCAACUCGGACCGCCCUACCACAUCCUAAUCGAUACUAACUUUGUCAACUUCGCCAUUUCCAAUAAACUGGACAUCAUUCAAUCUAUGAUGGAUUGUUUAUAUGCCAAAUGCAUUCCAUACGUUACCGAUUGUGUGAUGGGAGAACUCGAGAAGUUAGGCAGGAAGUACAGAGUUGCAUUAAGAAUCGUUAAGGACCCCAGAUUCCAGAGAUUAAAAUGUUUUCACAAAGGCACAUAUGCCGAUAACUGCCUAGUCAACAGAGUUACUCAGUUGAAGUGUUACAUUGUGGCAACAUGUGACAAAGAACUACGUCGAAGAAUACGAAAAAUACCCGGAGUACCCAUUAUGUACAUCACACAACACAAAUUUUCAAUUGAACGAAUGCCAGAUGACUACGGAGCACCCAGAAAUGGAUGA